AUGACAUCGAACGUAUCUCCUGAGGCAACGGCGACAAUAGCGCAAGCAUCAUCUGCAAGUGAUCUAACAUUGGUGGAUUACUUUGUGCUUGUCGGGCACGAUAAUAAUGCUUUGCUGCAGGCAGUUAUUUCGAUCGAACCAAGCGGAACAAAUAAUUCAGAUGCGACGGAGCUACUGUAUGUCCCCCCUUUGGAGCGAUCUUACGUUGCUUCAGUUUUACACCAUUUUCCGGAGAGACGUAGCGCAUACUCGUUUCCGUCCGAGAUUGUUUCGCUGUGUUUGCCAAAAGGAUUGAAAUUUCACACGCAAAAUGAUAUUCCAUCUCCAGCUAUGCAUACCUUUGCGAACAUUCGUGAGGACGGUUCACGUAUUAAUGGUUGCGCUCUUAUUUAUCAUGAGGAAGUUAGAGAUGUUGGACUUUGUGAGCACAUGUCACAGCUGCACACAGAACAUGUACGGGCCUUAACAGCUCGUGAGAAAGCCACUGAACGUGCACACGUUCCUCCCGGUACUGUCUCUGGUGGUACACAUACUCUUCCCAGAGGAAAUCGUAAGAAUCGAGCAAAACGAACUUCGUACUACGAUUCGGGCAGUUCUCGGUUGUAUGUGGCUAAAUGUAUCUGCCUUAUUAGUCGCAUCCCGUUCGUUUCUGCCGGUGAACAUCUACUAACUGCACUUCAUUCUUUUUUCACUUCCGAAGUACAACCUCCUCCACUUCCUUUGGAAAGUUAUAUUUACUGGAUUUUGAAUGAGGUCCCACUUCCAGCUCCGGGUAGCACACUGAAAAUAUGCUUAGAUCGUAUUGACAUUGUUCUACAAAGGCCAGGUCCUAACGAGUUGCCUUUUUUCGAUCACUCUCUCAGUUCGUUGUUCGAUUUGCUCACUGUUGAUAAAUUUCUUCGACUUUUCACAUGUUUUCUUCUUGAACACCAAAUAUUGCUAUGCUCCAGGAGUUUCCAGCGUUUAAUGCUAGUUGCUGAGAGCUUGUGUUCGUUGGCAUUCCCAUUCCGUUGGCAACUUACGUACGUUCCAAUUUUACCCUACUCACAGUUAAAGUUUAUGGAAGCACCAGUGCCUUUUGUAAUGGGUUUAUGUUACGAAGACACCAUAUCAGAGCAGAUUUUUCAGGGCAAUAUGUGCGUCUUAGAUAUCGAUUCUGGUGUGCUAAAUAUGCCGGAAGAUGUACCAGCAUUACCAGAUAGAACUGAAUUUGCAAAAGAAGUUGCAAGCGUUCUUAUGAGAUAUGAAGAGCAAAGUGCAGUUCUGAACGGUGAAGUAAUGAGAAGACAGAUCGGUGCCACAGGAAAAGAUUGGUACAAAAAACGUAUGUCUCGUUCAUUUGACGGCGAAACAUUACCCAGUAUGUUGGAAGAGGAUAAUUCUUCCAGGCGAAUAGUGUCAAGAAAGGAUCUUGCUCCACUGCCUUUCGAUGAUGUCCUGAAACAGAGUGAAGUUUUAGCUAGGGUUACCGCAAUUGCACAUCGUGCAGGCGUCAGCAUACCGUUUGAAAAUAUUCAGAAAGAAUUACAAUCUAAUGAUUUUUGUACAAAUUCACCAGUGUGCAGAGAAUAUUUUAAGGAUAUGAAAAUAAAUAAUGCUGUUCGUGAAGUAUUUAUCAAUCGAUUUGCAUGGCUUCUUUACUCCUAUGAACAUUUUGUUAUUAAUACUUCAUGCCCAGAUCUCGAAACAUAUUUUGCUAGUCGAGAAUCCGUUACUAAUUUUGAUAAAGCAACCUUCCUUUCCGACCAACCGAGUAAAAAUCUACCAUUUUUGGCGGCAUUUUUGGAAACUCAGAUGUUCACCUCAUUCAUUGAUGCAAAAAUUGUUUCGCAGUGGAAAACAGCUGACGAAAAUCUCCAAAUCUUUGAUUCUCGAAUACAAACAUUGCGUACAAAGUAUGGCCUUCAAAUGGUGCGUACUCCUACUUAUGAAAAGGCUCCACGAUCCUUCGAUACAGAAGAAAUGAUAACAAAACGUGAAGAAGCACUUGAUUACAUUGUUCCUCUACCACAUGAGCUUCCUGGUACAUCAGCAAUAGCUUACGAUGGUACAUUUCCGGAACUUAAUGAAGCUGUUUUGGAAGGUUCUUUUGUACGAAGUCCAGUGCCAUCACCGUGGAAGCAGCGGCAUCGAAGGUUACGGCCAAAGUUGCUGGAGAGUAUUAUUGUGGAUGGAAACACAACAAAUAAACAAAGCUCAUGUAAAUCGGAUACACCAAGACAAAUAGCACAUCAAAACUGGAAAUUUGUUGAACAGUUGUUGAAAGAGACUAAAAGUAAAACAAAGCGAAUGCUUGUGGAAAAAAUGGGCAGGGAAGCACUGCAGCUUGGACAUAGUGAUGCUAUUGUAAAUGGUCUUGAAGAGAAUACUUUAGUUGCUUCAUUUUGUGAUUUAUUGGAACGAAUCUGGGCCCAUGGUUCAGUGAAGAAACAGGGCAAAUCAUCCUUAUGGGCUCACAUUUUGCAUCAUCAAGAAAUAGAAAAGUUGGGUAUACUGUCUCGCGGUUCUACACGAAGAAAUUCGGCACUGACUCCAGGUAUAGUUGAGAUAAAGCAUGAGUCACACAACGAGCAAGAGUAUAUGAAGCAAGAAAAGAAGACAUUUGUAAGUGUCAUGGAUGAGGAUUCAGUUGACGAGCUUGCUCGAAAUAUUCGUCAGCAAUGCAUUGAUGAUCCUCAUGCGCCUGCCUGGUCUCUUCCAAUUCUUCGUGCUGCUAAUUUUAUCUGUGAUAAAUUGAGUUCGAAUGUAAAUAACAACGUGGAAUAUUCGAACUGGAAAUUACCAGCUCGAACAGCAGGUCUGUCAUCAAGUGCGGUUGUUUUUGGACGUUCCAGGUCACCACAGAAGACGUCGAGGAAGGGGGCUAUUUUGCAUAGAGCAAGUUCUUUUAGUGAUUUUGCUCCUUACUGGACUACAGCUGGAAAUAAUUUGAAUGAAAACGUAACUGAUUCAUCACGUAAAAGAAGUAGUUCGAGAGGUGGUAGCCCAGAUAUUCGACAGUUCCUUGCACCAUUGCCUAUGCAUAUAGCUUACGAUUUGAAGAAUGUCUUACGAAUGACAGAUAUCAAAACCGAUAUUGGUUACGCGCGGGCCUUUGUUCGCCUCGCCUUAGAAAGGAAACUUCUUCAUAAACAUCUCAAAACUGUUCUUGGCAAUACACAUCUUUUACAGCAGCUAUAUAAGCGAUAUGCCUUUCUGCGGUGCGACGACGAGAAAGAACAAUUCUUAUAUCACGUGUUAUCAUUAAAUGCAGCUGAAUUUAACUGUUUUACCAACUCUUUCAAGAAAACAAAAAUGCAGUACCAUGUUUUGUUGGUUAGUCGCAAUUCUCGUUCGAUUAUUUCAUGGCCUGUGUGGAUCAUUAUCACGGGGUCGUUGUGUUCAACGACUGCAAUCGAACUAAAACAGGGCAUAUUGGAUUUCACAUUUGAUUAUAGAAAUCUUGGUAUGCUAUCAACAUUAAGAAUCGGACAUGGUAAUUUGAAUGUUUCUAAUGGAGCAUCUCCGAAAUGGUUUCUUGAUUAUGUCUUAGUGCGAAAUGAAAUAACAGGACAAAGUUAUCGCUUUAACUGUGGGCGCUGGUUCGGUAAAGGAAUUGAUGAUGGCUCCCUGGAAAGAUUGCUUGUUGCCGAAAAAGAACCACAGAUUGCUCCUAACGAGGUGCUAGUCGAAGAAUGUUCUUCGGAACGUGUUAUUAAAGCUAGCUCGAAGAGUCGAACUCCUCCGCGGUCCCGAUCACCAAGUACUAGCCGAUCUGAAACAUGGAGUCGUGUACAUUUGACAGAAAUUCAGCAGCAGCUUGGGGAAGCAGUGAAUGCGCUAGUGAAAUACUUCUACACUAGUGCGGAAGGUGGUAGUCGUGGUGAAUUGACACAGUUACUUUGCGCGCCAGGGAAAGGCUUCGUUAGCGUGAUGGUUGUUGUUUUCAUGUAUGGCCGUCAGGAUUCCAUUUGGUCUGCUCGUCUUUUUCGUUCACACUAUCCAUGGGAUUACAUCGAGAAGGUUUGCGUCUGGUUUUGGGAUCUAAUACAUAUGGAAGACACAAAAAGGCUAACACGAGAACAACAUUCUCUCAUCAUUCAGGCAUGCCGCCUUGUUCGCCGCAUUUCAUCUAAUAUUUUUCUGGGGAAAGAUGGCAAAUUUCAGCUAUUCAUUCUAAUUACUGUUCGAGAUCAUAUAUUGUCGGGAUUGUUGCCGUUGAUGGCUUGGACUCCGAUAACGUCGCAGAUGAACAACCACUUCAAAUAG